GGGGGCAGAGGGGUGAAGGGGGGUUAGCCACAGCCUGACGGCGGCGGCGGCGGCGUGUACGUGACGCCGCGAACAUGGCAGCCGUUGGCGGCGGGGUGAAGGGCAUGAAGUCUGUGCUGAGCUCUCGCGAUGCGAAGGAGUCCCAGUGUUCUGCCCGACACGUGUCACUCUCUGCUUUAUUUCGCCUGUUUGUGAUUGCCACGUGUCUGAAGUUAUUGCUGGUCCCAUCUUAUCACAGUACGGACUUUGAGGUCCAUCGCAAUUGGCUGGCCGUGACCCAUUCGUUGCCGAUUAAUCAGUGGUAUGUCGAUGAAACUUCACCAUGGACGCUAGAUUACCCGCCUUUUUUCGCUUGGUUUGAACGCCUGUUGUCCGUUCCUGCGAGCCACGUGGAACCCAAGAUGGUCCACCUGAAGGAAGGUCUGAACCACGCCAGCGACAGGGCUGUCCUCUUCCAAAGAGCUACAGUGAUGGCGGCAGACAUCAUCCUCUUCGCUUCCGUCUAUUACUUCUUGCGAGGAGGGCAGCAAUGGAGUUGGACUGCGCAAAGAGACCGACUCUUAGGGUUUGCCAUUCUCCUCUCUCCUGGCCUGAUGAUCGUGGACCAUAUCCAUUUUCAGUAUAAUGGGAUGCUGAUGGGUAUGUUGAUCUUCUCUCUCUCGAUGAUGGAGAGAGGCGAUCGGGAUCUGCAGGGAGCCGUCGUCUUUGCUAUCCUCGUCUGCUUCAAGCAUCUCUUCGCUGUGGCCGGUCCGCUGUACGCUGUCUAUCUUCUUCGUCAUUACUGUGGAGGAAAUGUGGGCAAGGCCAUGGGAAGCUUCGUCAAACUAGGAGGGAGCGUGCUGGGCGUCGUUGCCGUAGCCUUCGGUCCCUUCGUCCUCCAUGGCCAGGUUCAGCAGGUGCUGCGCCGCCUGUUUCCUUUUGGCCGUGGAUUAUGCCAUGCCUACUGGGCACCGAACGCCUGGGCAAUCUACAACGUGGCUGAUAAGGCGUUAACCGUUCUGCUUCCGAUGGUUGGAAUCCCGGUUAGCAAGCAACAUGCAUCAAUGACAGGAGGACUCGUUGGAGAUUCUGCUGGGCACGUCGUUCUCCCACAGAUUCGUCCGCCGAUGGCUAUGGUCCUCACCCUAGUGGCGAUGGUUCCCUGUUUGGUCAGAGCUUGGCGGCAUCCUCGCCCAAGAGAGUUCAUACGCUUGGUUGUGUAUGCGAACCUCUGUGGAUUCAUGUUUGGGUGGCAUGUGCAUGAGAAAGCUGCACUUACUUUUGUCGUGCCCUUCUCACUCAUCUCAACAAACUCAGCAGAGGAAGCUGGCGAAUUCUUGUUCUUAUCCACAGAGGAGCGGGAGGGGGAGGAGGAGGAGGAGGAGGAGGAGUGGGAGGGGCGGGAAAAGGAGCGAGAGGAGGCGUGGGAGAAGGAGGGGAAGGAGCAGGAGCGGGGCUAUGGUGCGGGAAGAGGAGGGGGAGGAGGGGGAGGAGGAACGGGGGGAAAAGCAGGAGAAGCAGCGGAAGGAGGACGAGCAGCAGGAGGAGCGGGAGGAGCGGCAACAGAGGGAGCGGGAGAAGGAGAGGGAGGAGUGGGAGAAGGAGCAUGUGCUAAGCGUUGCACUGUGCUACGCGAAUAUGUAGGGAUCAUUCCACGAGCGACGCUGAGGUGGUGGAUCAAACGCAGGAUGGUGGUGGAUCAAACGUGGGAAGACCUUCGACAAUAUGGAUACGCCACAAAUUACUUCUUCCGCGAGAAGCUGCGCAUGUCGCUGCGAGUGUUCCGGGAGAUCGCGAAGGCGUGUGCACCUCGUCUUCAGUGGCAGAUGACGUUCUAUAGAGAGUCGCUGCAGCCCGACCAGAUUGUGGCGUAUGCGCUCUACAUGUGGGUGUUGGGGGAGACGUACGAGAGCAACACCUGCAACUUAGACAUCGGCAGAGCUUCUAGCCUCGUUGCUGUGCGUGACUUCACUGCCGCACUGUUGAGGGUGUACGCUGACAACAUUGCCUGGUCGACGGGGGUGCGAAAGCUCGUCGGAUACCGAAGUAGUUGCCACUACAUGAGGGUGCUUCAACUCUCCAGUUUGUGGGCGUGCGCAGAGGCUGGGUCGUUGUUCCGCGGUCCUCCUGUGAUUCUCUCGCAUGGGGUGCGAACGAGCGGCUACCUUCUGGGCGACAAUGGCUAUCCCUCGUUGAAAUGGAUAGUGGCCGCGUACGGAGGCAUCAAUCAGCACACAGAUGAGGAGCGCUUCGACAACAAGCAAGGUGGUGAGAGGAGCUGUGAAGAGGGGGUUCGCAGGCUGAAGGGUAUGUGGAGGCUGUUUCUGCGAAUACACAAGACAAACCUUGAGACGGUCCUGCAGCAGUUCGUUGCCGUUUGUACGAUCCACAUCAUUCUCAUCGAUGCUGGCAUUUUGUUCGAUGAGAAUCUGUUGUGGGAGGUGGAAGCGAAUGGGGUGCUGCAACGUAUGGACCUCGACAUUCAAUGCCCUCUUCGGCCAGUGUGUGUUGAGACUUCGACCAGCGAGGCGUUUGCCCGCCCGGAUGCUUUGGCAGAGCGCAUGAAACGCGAGUGACCCAUGUCCAUGGACAUGACCUCCGUCGCCAUCGACACUGUUUUUUAUGCGCAGCCAGCCACGUGGCAACUGUCGUUUUGCCGAUGAGCUAUGGUGUGUGGUCGCCGCUCCUAGGAAGUGCUUCGCUUGGUAUCUUCUUUGUGUUUUCGUUGUGCUUUCAUAUUUUGGGUUGCGGAAGUCUUUGAAUGAAUCGCAUGCGUGAAUGCAAUGUGAUGGUAUGUUGAACAAAUGGUUUGAGGGUUA